CAUUAGUAUCAGCGCAAUCCCCAAGCCUCGUCCCCCAAUAAAUACGCUCUCAACGCAGCUCGGUCUAGCCAAAAUACCCCUGUGGCGCCAGACUUCCUCCAAAUCAGCCCGCCAACACCCAGCAGCGAUGAUGCCCUUCCGCUCGAUCAUCGGUCCCUCGACCGGUCUCUUCCGCCAAUUCCUCCGCAAGCCCCUAGCCGGCGGAUUCCUUUCGCGGUCCUUCUCGCAGUUAACGAGCCUGUCUCUUACCAAUGGUCUUCAGAGUUUGCGGUCCGCGAAGGAACAGGCUGGCAGUGUUAGUGUCGCGUCAACAGUUAGACAGCUGGAUCAGGUGCGGGGGAUGAAGACCCGCUCGUCGGUGAAGCGGUUGUGUGAUGGUUGCAAGCCCGUUCGGAGAAAGAACAGGGUUUACAUUAUUUGCUCGAAAAACCCUAAGCACAAGCAGCGUCAAGGGAAAUAAACGCAGACCCGGCGAGGAGAAAAACAACUAUUUCAACCCACUGCAUUCAUGUUUGAUGGAUAUCGGAAGCGGAAAGCGAGGCUUUUAACUACCCAACUACAUGAUGUGACGGCCCUUGCUUGAUACCGGAGGCAGACAUACCUUUUGUGCAUAUACUGGAUAUACGGGUUCUCUUUGAGACAAGGACUUUGCGCAUUGCAAUUUUGAAUGGGAUAUGGGCGCUUAUAUUGUUUGUUUGUAUAUUAGGGCUAAGAAAUUAUUUUCUCAUUUUCCUUCCA